AUGAACAUACUUGUGAACUACUGUAACAUUCUUAUUUCGAUAAAAGUAGGGGUCACGUUUCAAUCUUUACAAAAAAAAUCAGUCAAUCGAUAAUUUACAGUACGUGAGCCCUGGCUGCCUGUCGCAAUGCGUCAACUGUGCUCCACAGCCGACUUACCAGUAUGUGCUCAAUGUGCCGAGUAACUAUGUGCAAGUUCCCUCUACUGCUAACCGGUAUACAAUAGUUUCCUCCUUUUUUCGGUUCUAAUCUAAUACUCUCCGUUCCAAUAGUCUUAACGUGGUUUUUUUGUCGGGAGAGGCUCAUUUGUAUCUAGUUGGAAUGAUUGUUUGUGAAGUGAAGUGAUGUGUGGUUACAUGGUAACAGUUUGUACGACAGGCUCGUCCGGUUUACAGAUCACCUUGUUGCGUACCUACAUCCAACGUGCAAACAAUCCAAUCAGCGCGAGCAUUCACCAAUGGCGCCCAAGGCAGUCAGGUCAUCAUGUACUAUAACGGGCAAAGUAAGUCAAAAAACGGGGAACGCGAACAAGCACAUCAUCUUGUUUUUUCAGGAAUUGUUAGUGGUGGACAGCAGCAAGGAUCUGGUUACACACAGGUGCGUUCAUAACUUUCAUGCGGUCAUUUAAGCAAAAUUUUUUAUAGACUCAGACCCAGGGCACCUAUCAAAAUCCUGGACCAAUUCCUGGAUAUCAAAAUCAGGGUGAUCAGAAUCAGAAUCAGAAUCAAACCGGAUACUAUCCAUCUGCCAAUAAUCUCAACGGAGGAGUGAUUGCUGGUGGUGCUGUUGCUGGAGGAGCUGUAGUUGGAGGUAUUGGAGGAAACAAUCAGCAAUCAGGAGUUGUCAACGUGGGCGGAAAUGUUGGAACAGAGAAUCAAAACCAAGGACAGUACGAAGGACAGAAUGUCAAUGCUGGAGGAAAUGUCGCUGGUCAGAAUCAGAAUCAAGGACAGGAAAUCAAUGCUGGAGGAGUUGUUGGCUCUCAGAAUGAGUACCAAGAACAAUAUGGAAACCAAGCUCAGUACGGAAAUGACCAGAACGCCUAUCAAGGAAGCACGUUGUCGCCAUCCGGCACAGAAGUCGGCUAUCAACCAUUUGUGCCAUCCGGAAACGCCGAGUAUAACGACGGCAAUAACUAUAACAAUGGAAAUGUGAACGGACAAGGUAUGUAUUUCUGAGUUCUACACAUUUUACACUGUUUUAUCUUAUUCCAGGGCAGUACAAUCAGCAGCAACAAGGACAACAAGGACAAUAUUCCACGCAGAACAUUAAUGGACAAGGUAAGAAGGUUUCAAAAUGCAAGGGGUUUCAAGAUUUUCAAAUUUUUAGGGCAGUAUGAUUACAACUCAAACUACAACACGCAGCAACAGCAACAACAAGGCCAGUACCAGAACACCCAAAAUGACCAUAACGUGAACUACUCAACUGGAGGAAUAGUUGCUGGUGGAGUUGUAGCCGGAGCGUCUUCUUCUUCUUACAACUCUCCUAACUCGGAAUAUGUCAAUAGUCAAGCCCAACCACAGACCUAUCCAACUCAAAUUGUGACGGGAGGAGCAGUUUCGAAUCAAAAUGUUCAUCAGCAACCGGAUGUGAACACCCAGUACCAGGAUCAGACUCAAGGUGGAACCCAUGUGCAGUCUAACCAACAAACUGCUGGACAACAACAACAAAAUCAACAAAAUCAGCAAAAUUCUGGUCAAAAUUCUCAAGGAGGAUACGUUGGGCAGCAAAACCAGCAGAACUCUGGUCAAGGAAACUCUCAGAGCAGCCAAGGAGCUUAUGUUGGAUACGGUAGCACCACCCAUGCUCCGCAGUACACCAAUUCUCAGUACACGACCGCUUCUGGAAACCAAAAUCAAUACCAGCAAUCUACCGGACAAUAUGGGGAUUCUGCAAUUGUUGGCGGUCAAGGUCAAGGAUACUCAACUACAUCUGGACAGAAUCAGCAGAGCCAAGGUUACUAUACAACCUCUCAAGGAUUCUCUAGUACUCCUAGCUAUCAACAAGGUGAUUUGACCGAGGGGUCAGGUUCAGAAACUAGCCAGUUCACAGACGGACAACAACAGCAGCAAUAUGGCACAUCAUCAUCUGGGCAGCAGGGUUUUACCAAUGGACAACAACAAGGUUACACAGAGUCCACCCUGACCCCAUCCGAGAUCCAGAACGACCCGAACUUUUUGCAAACCUCUCAAGCCCCUUCAUCUCCGUCCCCAACAACCUUCCAAGAAACUGGUAGCCCUACAACCACCCAAUCCCCAAUCCCAGUCAUUUUCCCCGCUCCUUCUGCUGGUCAGACAACUUCAACUAGCUCCCCAACCUUCACCCCUACCCCAUCUUCAACGCUUGGUCAGUUUCAAACUACAACGACCACUGAAUCUUCUAACCAAGAUGAGUUCGGCUCCAACCAGGCGCUGAAUAAUGAUGUUACUGAUGGUCAAGCCAUCACUAGCACCCAAUCCUCCACAAUCCCCGUCUCGGUCCUAGUCCCCGUUUCCCAGAACCAAAACCAAAACCAAAACAACGGAAGUGCACCUUUGGAGUCUUCUACUUCUACUAUGAGCUCACUGCAAAACGAUGGAGCAAUCCAAGUUACAGGAAACCCCGCCACAGCGUCAGGACCCUAUCUCGUCGGAGGUGGUGUCCAGGGUCAAACCAGCACUAACUCAUAUCAAUCGACUACGCCGACGACAACGACGACAAAUUACAACGGAAAUAAUGGUGGUGCGACCACGACCGCAGGAGGACAGCCACAGCAACAGUCAUCAACCGAGGUAAGGGCUCGUUAAAAUAGGAGGAAAAAGAGAGAGAAAAGGAGUGAUAGGUGUUUGAUGUUGUACAUUUAUUGUGUGUCUCUUACAGUUCCAAUCAACCACUGGAAUGCCAACGAACGACAGCAAUCAAUCCGGUUUCAUCUCUUCGUCCAGCAGCACUGCGAACCCGAAUAUGCCACAGGCACAAUAUCCAAGUCAACAGGAAAUUAUGACAGCCACUGGCCAGACUUCUUCAUUUGCGGCUGGGAGUACUGUAGCUUCCAACCAAGUUUCUACGCAAGCCCCACAGUAUCCAAGUCAACAGGAACUUGGUGCAGUUGCUUCUAGCACUCAAUCCCCUCAAUUCCCCGCACAACAAGAUCUCGGGGCAACUGUCGCGUCAUCGAGUAAUAUUGAUGGCAAUAACAGUAACCAACAGAACACGGGGGCGACCCCACAGUACCCUAGUCAGCAGGAGCUGUUACAAAGAGACCAGCAGCAAAAUAAUGGAGGAAACGUCGAAGGAUCUACUGUAUGUUGUACUUUUGAGUGUGUUUUGUAGAUUAGUUUGGGAAAAUGUUCAAGUAGAUUUCUUAAUUCUUUCUUCAAUCUUUUAAAAUAUUGGUAAUGCAUUGAGUUCAUAGUUAUCUCUUAGGUUCGAAAACUAUCGUACAUUCAAGGCACGUUAAAAUACAAGGUAAGACGAAUCUAUACAAUAUAACGCGCACUUGUUUGAUCUGAAGCUACUUGACAAAAAAAGCACACUAAUAUAACUUUUCAUAUGAACAAUGCUUUAGCUAUUCAAUUACUAAUCACUCAUCAAAUUCAUUCAUUUCUUUCAGGAUUCUGCGUUCACACCUCAAUAUGGAGACUUGAACACUCAGUACGGACACUAUGCGUCAAGCACAGGUACGAGAUGAGAAAAUGGGUUCAUGGUAACAAUUGAAAAGCAGUUAAAGCAUCACCAAACGCCCAGUUCGACCAACCUUCUGCUGAUCAACAGCAAAAUGCUGCGAUGGGAAAGCUCAAAGUUCUCAUUCCAACAGUUUUGAUGAUUAUUUUGUGGUGA